AUGGAAUCAAGCAAGAGGAUGUUGUUUUGUAUGGUCAAUCUGUCGGGAGUGGUCCAACGCUACACUUGGCUGCUUGCUGACACGAGGUUCAGAGCUGUUGUUCUUCAUAGUGCCAUUCUUUCAGGAAUACGAGUUCUGUACAAUGUCAAAUUCACAUUUUGGUUUGUGAUUGAGAGAGUUUCUGUUCAUUCUAUGCAGAAUAUAGAGAAAAUACGGAAUGCAAAUUGCCCUGUUUUAGUUAUACAUGGCACAAAUGAUGAUAUUGUCGAUUGGUCCCACGGUAAGCGACUGGGAGAACUUUCUAAAGAGAAAUAUGAUCCAUUAUGGGUCCGACUCCAAGGUAGAGGACACUGCAAUCUUGAAACUUUCCCGGAUUACAUUAAGCACUUGCGCAAAUUUGUAAAUGCAAUGGAGAAACACUCCUUUUCAAAACGAACAAGGCAAAACUUAGUGCAGCCUCGAGUAUAA